GAACCUUCCUAGUCGGCAGCUGUCACUUUGGCAGCGACAAGCAAGAAGGAAAAUGCAGGGCAAAGACCGGCCGAGAUCACACGAUUACGAGGCUGUAAAUAACGAAGAUUCUGACGAUGAGAAACAGAUGGACGAGGCUACAAGCUCAACCAGAAAGAAGUUCGAGCAAACAGAGCCCUUGUCGGUGAGACUUACGAAGCUGCGAAAGAGAAGGAGUUCGUCAUUGUCCAGUACCCCACAUGGUCUCUCCUCUUUCACACAACUACGACUUCAUAUCGCAAUGAAUUUUAAAAGAUGUUACGGUGCCAGCAAGGAAUUUGUAAACUCGUAUGAAUUAUGGAGAGGUCACUUCAAGGAAAUAGAAGGGUCAUUUGGAAAUGGAGUCCUGUCUUAUUUCACAUUUCUCAAAUGGCUGCUUCAGUUGAACGUCUACAUUUUCAUUCUGACUCUGUGCUUCGUGAUCAUUCCUCAAGCCAUCAGCACAGGAAAAGAACUCCCGUUGAACCAGACUCCUCAAAACGCCUCCAAUACGACAAUAACCUCAUCCAGUUCCUCAGCCAUUGUUCCAACAACUGUAACAGCAUCUCCCGCGGUAAGGCGGAGAAGAGACGUGGCGCCCAACGCCACCGAAGAAGAAACUGAUCGGAAAUGCCAUCUGGUGAAACCAAAUGAUUAUUCCCUUUAUACAAACAAGCCUUUUGCACAACUCCUCACAGACUUCUUUUCUGGCAUCGGCUGGAUCAACACGACUUUCAUGUUCUAUGGAAGGUACUCCGACAAAGUCUUGGUAUUGCCGAGUGGUGAGAAGACUUACUACAACAUGCCGCUGGCCUAUUUUAUAGUUGGCUGUUUCUGCUUUCUAGUCAUUCUUCUUUCCAUCUUGUGGAGUGCUUCGCAGAUAUUUGAGGAGAGUUACGUAAAGGAAGGUAGUAAAUAUUCUCACACGUACGCGAAUAAAGUGUUUGGCGGCUGGGAUAUGUGCAUCGAAGACGAAGCUGCGGGAAAAUUGCAGACUAUGAGGAUCGUCAAAGAGAUCGAGGUUGAUCUUGCAGAAGACUUAAGACUUGCGACUUUGGCCCAAAGAACAAAGAAGGAAAUCUAUAAACUGUACGCAAUAAGGAUUCUUGUCAAUCUGAUUGUACUUGGGCUGCUGGGUGUGUCAGCUUACCUUAUUUUUAUGGCCAGUCAGUUGUCCGUUACGACUUCGCAAGAUAAUCCGGAUUUUAAGGCGUCAAUUAAGACAGAUUUCAUUCAAUUCUUGCAAAGCUACGCUUCACCAAUCACACUCUCCGCCUUAGGAUUCAUUGUUCCCAGUAUAUUCUUCUUCUUUUCCCGGUUGGAGGACUGGAAUCCAAGAGUCAGAGUCAACGUUGACUUGGCCAGAACUGUGCUUCUUAAGCUGGCUUCAAUUGCAGUACUGCUUGUUUCGCUUUACAAUCGAAUUAACGAGACCUGUAUGCUGUGCUGGGAGAAUGUCAUUGGUGCAGAAAUGUUCAAGUUGAUAUGGACUGACUUUUUCGUCACAAUUCUGGUUAUCGUCGUAGUCCAAACGCCUCGGAGGUAUUUUGCUGAUUAUGUUAGUUUAGGAUGUGACCUGGGAAGGAAAAUUGGCCGCGCCGAAUUCAAUCUUCCAAAUAACGUUCUGGAUCUUGUUUAUGGCCAGUCUCUGAUAUGGAUUGGUACAUGGUACAGUCCAUUUCUACCGCUAAUGGCGAUCAUUAAACUUCUAAUUACUUUUUACGCCAAGAAGGCGACCGUAGUUUAUAAUAGUAGUACCCAAGAGAAAGCUUACCGUGCCGGGAGAUCAAACUACUUCUUUAUGAUUCUGUUGCUCGGCACAUUUCUUCUUUGCCUGGCCGCAGUGGCUUAUGGAGUAACACAGAUCCGUCCAUCAGAGUUGUAUGGACCAUUCAGAGGAUUGAAUGGAGUUUACGACAUCAUUCCAUGGACGGUAUCAAUUCUUCCUGGCGGAUUUCGUGACACUUUCCGCAUUCUCAGCUCGCCCGUCUUUCUUGUUGUGCUUGGAGUGGUUAUCUGUCUUGGUUUGUAUUUUUUCUAUGCCAUUGCCAAGGUUUACCGAAGAAUGAUUAAUGGCCUUAGGGAAGAACUCAGUAUGGAAUCCCGAGACAAGAAGUAUCUUCUGCAGUUCUUUACAAGUCAAGAGAAACCUUGAAUGCCUGGCAAUCAAUAUCACUUUGCUGUAGAAGGAAUCCAGAAGUAAACUUACAGUGCAAAGUGACAUGCUUCAUACCUUUGAUUUCGCUCUGCGAAGUCAUUUUGCUCGUGGGAAAAUGAAAAUCAACAUAUGACAUGUCUCCUAUCAAUUAAUUCAACUUAAUUUUGUUCAGUGUAACAUACUGUUAUUUUACGUUUUUUGUAGAGUCAUUUUGGGGACCUUUUGUAAAGUCUCUUAUGGAAGCUUUGUCACAAAUAGUACUAAAUAAGAAUUGCUUUAACCUAAAGUCAACGCGGGAGGAGACAACGGCAAAUAACUACCACGCAAAAGUCUCAGUCCUCGCGCGGCCAUGCUAUCUCUCCGCCAUUAUUAUCUGACAAUAGACGGGAAGGGAUGGACUACUUUCAGUAGUCUGUAAUGAACACAGACUACAAUGUCUUAGAAUUGUAAAUUUGGAAGUUAUGUGAGCACUUUUCGCACACAUCCAAGCAAAUGGUCUAAAUAAAGUAAGGUAUAUUUUUCCAAAUGGUGCAUUCCAACGAGGAACAUGCUUUGUAAUGGUUUAAAGGAAGUUCUGAAUUAAGUUUAUUUCGUAGAUAAAUGAUGUGUAUUUCUAAGUAAAUACAUAGGAUCAAACCGGAGUUUAUUUCCAUAAAUAUCGUUCAUUUUGCCCAAAACAGUUUUUACUCUUGACUGAGUAAAUACAUGCGAUUAGAACAGAGUUUUUUUUUCUUCGCUGUCCAUCAUUUUCUAAGUCCUGUGACAAAAAUCUUUUCGAGGGGAAAUAUUUUCCCAAAGUUCUGGCCGAAUUACCCAUUUCGCCUUUUCAAAAGUAUUUUAAUCCUUUUAAGUCUAAGAAAAAUCCCCCA